AAUUUUUAUGUUUCAAUGUAUAAUGAAAUGAUAGAGAAUUAUUAACUUUCUCAAAUAUUUAAAUUAAAAUUUCUUGUAGUGGCUUCCAGUUUAUUGUUUUAGUGAGCAGUAUUACCCUCAUUGUGCGUACUUAUAUGUCUGUGUUGUUCAGGUACUGGUUUCAUGAAACAUUCCACCCUUUACAUUUUAUUCUGUGUUAAAUGCAUAACUAGCAAUAAAAUGUUGUCUCAGAUGUCUCAUCUGUAGAUCCUUUCUACUUGAUCUGUCAACUUAAUCCAUUUAUGCGACUGCCUACAUAACCAGUUGCUUGUUUUCUGAUUUUCUUGUUUGCCAUUUGUAUCCAUUCUGGGUGUAGUAUUCAAGUUAGGCCUCAUAAUUUUGAUGCUGGUACAGUGCUAACCUUCUUUAGACAUGAAUUAUAUUUAUAAGCUUGUUUAAUGUGGAAAAUAUUUCAGUUUCUUUUUAAACAAAAUUUAUUUUGCUCUGUAGGAAUUUCUAAAAAAAAUAUUCCUAAUCAAGCAGUAAAAAGAAUCCAGGAAUAAUUUGCCACAAACACAACUCCUAAAUUUACUUUGCAAACAGCUGACUCUGAAUAACUUUAUGCAUUUGUUGUCAGAGGGGCUUUGACUUGAUGAUUUGGAAAAUGUAUUUCUAGGUAUGUAACUGCAUUAUUAAUAAAUCUGAGGCAGAGUUGCUGACCAGCAAUUGUUGUCAUAAAGCAUAUUGAGUAGUACUGCUAAUGGGCACAUAUGAAAGUGACACACUACAUGGUUUUCACAACUGGCAGAGGUGAUGAAGGAAUGACAGGUUACUCUGAUCGUAGGACGAGACAGACCCAACUGUAAUGGAGACAGGGGUUCACCCCAAUAAAAAAGUAGUGGCAUUCUCAGUUGACCAUAAACAAAACAAAACUUGAAUAAAACAGAUAUUGCUUCCUUUAGGAAGAGAAAGAAAGACUAGCUAUAGUAUGUCCAACUACAUUAUUUUUUUGGAACAUAGACUGAUCUAUAGCAUAGUCUGAGGUAUAGGUUAGGUUGAAAGGUAACGAUUUGGUUCUGAUUUUGCAAAGACAAUGAAUAUGAAUACAAAAUCGUAAGGUUAGGUUGAAAGGGAACAACUUGGGUGUGAGCUGCUGAAGAAGUAUUUACGGCUUCAGUUAAUCCAAGAAUAGCAUAUCUGAGAAAACAGAAAGUGUUAACAUUAAAAAGAAAUUUGAAUGUUAGAAUGUCUUUUCUGAAUGUAUUUAUCUGGAAGGUAACCAUGCACAGAAGUGAAACAUGGCCAAUAUACAGCUCAGACAAGAAUAAAAUAAAAUCUUGUGAAAUGUGGUACAACAGAAGAAUGCUGAAGAUUGGAUGCGUAGAUCAUAUAACUAAAGAAAAUGUUCCGGAUCGAACUGGGAAGAGAAGAAUUUUAUGGCACAGCUUGAGUAAAAGAAGGGCUCUAUUGAUAGUACAUCUUCUGAGGUAUCAAGCAGUUGUGAUUUUGAUAAUGGAGAUAUGUCACAAAAUCUACAGCUUGUGAUAGACACAGAUGUAGGUCUAGAUGAUGCACUUGCUCUUAUGCUGUGCUUAGCAUCAGAGGCUUGGAAUGAAGCUAAAAUUCAUGGUGUAACAUGUGUACAUGGAAACACAUGCCUUGAAAACGUGUGUAGCAACACACUGAAGGUGCUACAUGCUGCAGGCCGCUUAGAUAUUCCAGUUUUUCGGGGGGCAAGUGAAUCUUUGGUGGAGAGUCCAGAAAGUAGAGCAGAAUUCUAUCAUGGCUGUGAUGGCUUUGGAGAUUUUCAAUAUCCUGAUGCCCCAGAUCCUGAUCAUCACAUACAGAAAGAUCAUGCUGUUAGUUUCCUGACCAAAAUUACCUCAGAAAGACCAAAUGAAAUCAGUCUUCUUUGUCUUGGACCUCUUACAAACAUAGCUCUAGCAAUCCAUAUGGAUCCACACUUUUGUACCAAUGUUAAGGAAAUGGUAAUCAUGGGUGGCAACAUUGCUGGAGUUGGGAAUAUCACAGCUGCAGCUGAAUUCAACUUCCACUGUGAUCCUGAGGCAGCACAUGUUGUUCUUAAGAGUAUGAAGUGCCCCAUAACAAUUUUUCCAUGGGAAACAGCACUUACAAGAACUAAUAUUUCAUAUAGAUGGCGCAACGAUGUUUUGGGAAAAAUUCAGAGUCCUCAGAUGCAGCUUUUGAAUCAGGCAGAAGCAAAAGUAAUAGCCAGACACUACAAGGAUGGUUGGGUGCAGUGUGAUCCGGCUGCUGCUGCCAUCCUCAUGAGGCCUUCCAUUGCCUCAUCAAAAGUAACGCAUUAUGUGAUGGUAGAGUUACACGGACGGCAUACAAGAGGAGCAAUGGUUCUCGAUCAUAUCAAUUCACAGGGGAAAAAGCAUAAUGUGACUAUUAUAGAAAGCAUUGAUCUAAAUCUGUACAAGGAGCUACUUCUGACUGCUGCAAAAACCAACUUGAGCAGAAGUAAAAUACAAAAAGGACAAGGAGAAGAAACAUGAUUUUAUUUGUUACUUUUGUGUAAGUUAAUAUCAUACAAAAAUGUUAUGUAUCAGAAUUAAAAUUGUAAUUUUGAAUUUCAUAAAAGUAGCUUAGCAUGUUUUCAUAUAUUGUCCAUUAAGAUUUAUUUUCAAAACUUUGGCUUAUUAGUUUCUUAUUCAUUUCCCGUGAUGUUAACUGAAUGCCUGUCUUAAUCCUAUUACUCCUGCUAUUUCAUUUAUAAAAAAAGGUUCCUUGUGUCAUGCUAUCAUCACUAGAUGAUAAAUUUAAUUCUGCAGAAUGAAUCAGUAUAAUACUGAUAUAUUACUGUUUGUAUUCAUGUUAAACAUAAUUAGUAUUAUCUCUGUUACAUUUCUCUAAUGCAAUAUGAUAACAUGAGCAAAUAUAUAACUUUGUAUGUAACUAUGUUUCAUUCUGUUAUAUUCUUGAUUUACUUCCUGCAAGAGACAAUAAAUACUUCUGAUUAA